AUGUCCAACGACCAGCUCAUCACCGUCUCCUACCGCGACCGCGUCGCUAUCGUUACCCUCAACCGGCCCGAUAAGCUCAACGCCCUCAAUCAGGACCUUUACUACCUGCUCGGCGAGCGGCUGCGUGAGAUUGACCAGCGUGAUGAGAUCUACAUCACCGUGUUGACAGGCACUGGCCGUUUUUUCUCUGCCGGCGCAGACGUAACCAGCAGCCGCCCCAGCGGAGACCUCAGCUCUAACGUGCGCCGCGAGCUAGUCAAGGGCUUCGUCUCCAACAACGUCGACGUCACGCGCACCUUCUACAACCACUCCAAGAUCCUCGUGGUAGCGCUCAACGGCCCCGCCGUCGGCUUGUCCGCCGCCCUGAUCGCGCACGCGGACUUCAUCUACGCCGCCCCGCACGCCUUCCUGCUCACCCCGUUCUCGUCGCUGGGCCUAGUCGCCGAAGGCGGCGCCAGCCGCGCCUUCGUGGAACGUCUCGGUAUCGCCAAGGCCAAUGAGGCGCUUAUCAUGAGCAAGCGGAUUACCUGUGACGAGCUGGUGGCUGCGAGCUUUGUGAACAAGGUUAUCCAGGCGCCUUCGGGCCGGCCGGAGGACUCGGAUGGCUUUUUGAAGAAGGUUCUCGAGGAGGUGGACGAGAGGCUGGGUACGCAUUUGAAUCAGUCGAGUUUGCUCAAGAUUAAGGAGCUGGUUAGGAGGCCUGAGCGGGAGCUCUUGGAUCGUCAGAAUGGCCUGGAGGCAUUUAUGGGCCUGGAGCGCUUCUUGAGUGGUGUGCCGCAGGAGGAGUUUCGCCGGUUGGCUUCCGGUGAGAAGAAGCAUAAGCUGUGA